CGGGCGCGUACAGAUGACGCAAGCACCGUUUGGGUCCCACUGAAAACACAGGAGCUUGUGGCGGUAUUAGAAAACAGCACAGCCAUGAACUGGAACAAAGGUGGUCCAGGUAUUAAGCGAGGCUUUGGGUUUGGAGGAUUUUCCCUUGCGGGGAAAAAAGAGGAACCUCAACUUACUCAAAAGUCUCACACAUCAUUCGGGCCCCCGGGGUCCAGUGGGGGAUAUGGGAAGAACCAGCAGCUUCCAUCCUUCUACAAAAUAGGGACAAAAAGAGCCAAUUUUGAUGAAGAAAAUGCGUAUUUUGAAGAUGAUGAAGAGGAGUCCAGCAGCAAUGUGGAUCUGCCGUACAUCCCAGCUGAGAACUCGCCCACACGGCAGCAGAUGCAGUCUGGUGGCGGCUCAGACAGUGAGGAUGAUCCACUGGAUGCCUUUAUGGCAGAAGUUGAGAACCAAGCAGCUAAGGACAUGAAGAAACUAGAGGAAAAGGAAAAGGAGAAAAAGUCAGCCAAGGGUAUUCGUGAUGACAUUGAAGAAGAGGAUGAACAAGAAGCCUACUUCCGCUACAUGGCAGAGAACCCCACAGCCGGGCUGACACAAGAGGAAGAUGAAGAGAACAUUGACUAUGACAGUGAUGGAAACCCAAUUGCCCCGACCACUAAGAAAAUCAUCCUGCCCCUUCCUCCUAUUGACCACUCUGAGAUUGAUUACCCACCGUUUGAGAAAAACUUCUACAAUGAGCACGAGGAGCUCAGCAACCUGACUGGAACUCAAGUGUUGGAGUUAAGGCAGAAACUGAACUUGCGGGUGUCUGGUGCUGCCCCUCCUAAACCUUGUACUAGCUUUGCCCACUUCAAUUUUGAUGAGCAGCUAAUGCACCAGAUCCGCAAGUCUGAGUACACUCAGCCCACUCCAAUUCAGUGCCAGGGUGUGCCCAUAGCUCUGUCUGGACGUGACAUGAUUGGUAUCGCAAAAACUGGCAGCGGUAAAACUGCAGCUUUUAUCUGGCCCAUGCUGGUUCACAUCAUAGACCAGAAGGAGCUGGAGGCAGGGGAGGGGCCCAUCGCAGUAAUCGUGUGCCCCACCAGAGAGCUUUGUCAGCAGAUCCAUGCAGAAUGUAAGCGCUUUGGGAAAGCGUACUCGCUGCGUUCUGUGGCGGUUUAUGGAGGAGGCAGCAUGUGGGAGCAAGCAAAGGCUCUGCAGGAGGGAGCAGAGAUCGUGGUGUGCACUCCGGGUCGUCUGAUUGACCACGUUAAAAAGAAGGCCACAUCCCUGCAGAGAGUGACAUACCUGGUGUUUGAUGAGGCUGAUCGCAUGUUUGAUAUGGGCUUCGAAUAUCAGGUUAGAUCUAUUGCCAGCCACGUCCGCCCUGACAGACAGACCCUUCUGUUCAGCGCCACCUUUCGAAAGAAGAUAGAGAGGCUAGCCAGAGACAUCUUGGUAGAUCCUAUUCGUGUGGUGCAGGGAGACAUCGGAGAGGCCAAUGAGGAUGUGACCCAGGUGGUGGAGAUGCUGCACAGCGGGUCGGAUAAAUGGGGCUGGUUGACCCGGCGGCUGGUGGAGUUCACCUCCUCCGGCUCAGUCCUCAUCUUCGUCACCAAGAAGGCCAACUCUGAGGAGCUGGCUACUAACCUGACGCAGGAGGGCUACAGCCUGGGCCUCCUGCAUGGAGACAUGGACCAGAGUGAGAGGAACAAGGUCAUCAGUGACUUCAAGAAGAAGAAUUUGCCCAUUUUGGUGGCCACUGAUGUAGCCGCUCGUGGUCUGGACAUCCCGUCCAUUCGCACGGUGGUAAACUACGACGUGGCGCGAGACAUCGACACACACACGCACAGGAUCGGGCGAACCGGGCGUGCCGGAGAGAAAGGUGUGGCUUACACCCUUCUCACCAACAAAGACACCUCGUUCGCUGGUGACCUCGUGAGGAAUCUGGAGGGAGCCAAUCAAGGCGUUUCCAAAGAACUGAUGGAUUUAGCCAUGCAGAAUCCCUGGUUCAGGAAAUCCAGAUUUAAAGGUGGCAAAGGAAAGAAGCUGAAUAUCGGCGGAGGUGGACUUGGUUACAGAGAGAGACCAGGUUUAGGGGCUGAAAGCUCUGAACGCAGCAGCAGCAGCAGCAGCAUUUUGUCUUCCACUAGUAGCUACGAAGGCUACAGCAAACCAACCACUGGGGCGAUGGGAGACCGCAUGUCAGCGAUGAAACAAGCCUUCCAGGCUCAGUAUAAGAGUCACUUUGUGGCUGCAUCCAGUGGUCCUCCAAAGCUCAGCACCAAGUCUAGCAGCUCUUCAGGCUGGACCAGUGCCGGCAGCCUGAGCUCUGUGCCGACAGAGUCCGCCAAUGGCUCCGAGCGGUCCAGUGUUGCCGCCAUGACCCUUUCGGGCUUCACCAGCGCUGGCUCCCUAAGCUCAGUGCCCACCAGUCAGACCAGUUCACAGCAAAGCUUCACUCCAGCCGCACCUCCUCCGCUAAGAGAUAGCUCACGGGACAGACACGGGGAGGACUGGGGGCGCCACGGAGACAGUCACCACCGCCACAGCGACAGGAGCGAUCGGCACAGCGGCGAGAGUCGCCACGGGGAUCGAGAUCGCCAUGGAGACAGAGACCGCGACCGCUACGGGGACCGGGAUCGCUACAGCAGCAGCAGCAGCAGCAGCCGCCACAGCGACAGUCGUAACGGAGACGGGAGCAGCAGGAGGGACAGAGAGGAUCGGAGGAGCGAGAGGGAUGGGGGAGAUGGGAGGGGGGACAGAGGAGAUGAUAGCUUUGCUGUUCCCGAACCACCAAAACGUAGAAAGAGCAGGUGGGACAACUAGGAAAAAAAAAAUCAACACAAUCAAUAAAAUAUGUGCAACCAACUGCUCCAUGACGAGCUUGUCUGUUGUGUAGGCAGAAAUUCAGAGCAUAUCAAAGGCUGACACACAAGCACAGGACGUUAAGAGGUGGUUUUUGUGGACUUUUUUGAGAAACGGGAAGGGCGCUGACUCUCCCGUCAGGUCGGUUAGGACCUCACGAUUUGGGUCAGAGCCCGACAGAGUUUGUAGACAGAUAAACACGAGCAGCUCAGAGACAGCCACUGUACAUACAUCAUCAAGACUGUUUAGUUGUAAGUCAAUAGGAUCAAGCAAAAGAGCUGUAAUGAAUUCUGCUGUCGGUAAACAAUUCCAAAGGAUGUUUUGGUUGUUGUCUUGUUUCUUCUCACUGAGCUCCUAACAUGCUUUCGUGCUUGCAAACUGGACUCUGUAUUUUUUUUUUUUUUUUUUUUCUAAUGGAUCUUUGCCAAGUGUUUGUGUGUUUUGCAUUUUAAUCUACAAAGCUAACUCUUAGAGCUCGUUUCAUUUUCGAAGGCGCUCGGUGAUGAUUCACAUUCAUAGAUGUCAAAGAGUAGAACUCUUUUUGUGUCUUGUAUUCGAGUCGUAGUGAAGUGCCUUCCCCUGGCAUUUAGUCUAUGCUUUUGAAAUGUUUUUCAAGAAGAUGCAUAUGUUUGUGUGAGGAAUUUCCCGCGUUCAUUCACACACGGAAAAUGUGAAGUUUUGAUUAAAAAGACUUUGGCAUCUA